ACACAGAAAAUGGUAUCCACGAGUAGAUAAAGGGCUUCAAUGCCAAAAUCCUGAAGUAUCCCUUUUAAGCCUGUAUUAGCGGGAUCAAACGGAGAGCCACAUUGUGCUAUAAGGACGACAGCCAUUGAAAUGACUCAAACUUUCCCCGGCAGAGGGAAAAAACACGGAGGUUGCUGUAGAGUGUUGGAAGAAAUGCUGCUGCUUUCCCAAAGCAGCUUAUGAUGUAAACAGCACAGCACUCCCCGGGAGAGGGAAAGUACUCAUAAAUACCAGCCUUUGAGACACCGAAAAGGAGAGAAUUCCAAUCAGUAAGAGUGAGAUAGAGAGAGAGUAAGAAAGAGACAGAGAGUGCGAACAAAAAGGAGAGCGGGAGAGACAGACAGAGAAAGUGAGAAAUAAUGAAAUAAAGUUGGUUUGUCGGGAGGGAGAAAGGGAGAGAGCGUGAGGGUAAAGCUAAUGUUCUAAGCCAGUAGUGCCGGUGGCCAAUUGAAAUUCAGACUGUGUAUCAUCCAUCCCUGUGUACUCAGACAACAGCACCUGCUCUUCAAUGCAGCGAGGAGACAAUGGUAGAGAUAGGACAGCCAGGCUCUCUCACUCCUCUAUCCUUCUGUUAUACCCCUCUCCUCUCAACCCUUCACCGACUACGACAGGACACUACGAGAGGAGGUGACUGAGAGACAUUACACACCCUUGCAAGGAGAGAGAGCGGUGGGAAGGGAUGGUAGGUUGAGCGAAGGGGCGGAGAGAUGGAAGGCUUGAUUGCAGCAGAGACACAGCAGUGAGUACAUUAAGCUCUGGACUCAAUCAUCUGUUAGGCUGAGUGCACUGGGCAGGGCAAGGGAAAGAGCAGGAGACAAGGGGCGGGGUGAGGAGGAGAAGAGGAGAGGAGAGGGGGAAAGAGAAGCGAUGAAGCCAGUGGUUCCACUCAGCGCUCAGGCAUGACUGAGCCAGGGACCACAGGGAAAGAGAGAGAGAGAGAGUCCUGCUACUGCUGCUGCUCUCUGCACCAGACACAGACACAACCAGACACAGCCACUGUUCUCACCAGCUAGCCCAGCAGCCAGAUCUCUGUCUGAGCCUCUGCCCUACCUCGCCUGACCACCGCCCUACAGUUCUCUCUUUGCCAGCAACACACUUUCUACAGAAGACUUAGAAAGAAAAGGAAGAUUAGAGAGAAAGAGUCCUGUUGAUUCUUUCCUGUCCGUCCAUCUGACUUAACCCAAGGUGGAGGCAGAGAGAGAAAGAAGAGGCGUGGCGUAAGCGGCGAGGGCAACACCCCCCCCCCCCCUACUGGAAGGACAGUGGUCAAUAAAGGACGCUGGUAGCUCCGCCUCCACUUCUGAGUCAGGAGCCCUCUGCACCGUGUGCCCCCCAGGAGCCUCUACAGGACAAGACGGUACACACACACACAUGAGGAGCUGAACCAGAACCAAGGGAGCCAGCCAGACAGCCAGUCAGCCAGACAGCCGGUCAACCAGGCAGACAGCCACCGUACAGAGCUGAACAGCAGCAGUACUGCAGAGGAUUUGGUUGAAAGCUAAAUAGAGGAGCAGCCCCGCGGUGCUGAAGAGGAUAAGGAUUUGGGUUGGGGUAACAGGCAGUGCUGUAACAGACCUGCGCCUCACUCAGAGGCACUCUACUCUCUUGGCCUCUGCUGCGCUGUGGGACAUGGGGGCGGGCUGGAGGGCUGAGGCGACACUGGAGUCAAAUUCGCUGUGGAAACUGCCCUGCCGAGAGUUAGAUUAGAUAGUGCUUGGGUCUGACUGUGAGGAUCUGAUUGCACGUGUGGAGGGGGAGGAGGGGGGGGGGGGGUCGGCGUGGAUACGGCAGUCUCCUCCGCUCUCUCCUUCUACUCCGUCUCCUGCCUUCGUUCCCUCUCUCCCUUCCAUCCUCCUCUGCCCCUCCUCUCCUGCUCCCCCCUGCGGGCCGCGUGUUUAGCCAUGGACCGAGGCUGAGUGGAUGCUGCUGCCUGACAGGGUGUCUGUGAGGCGGCUGCCGUCUGUUCCUGAACCCCCCUGAUCCCCCUUCAUGCCGUGCUGUGGGCUGGGCCAUCGCCGGAGAGCACAGCUUCCAUACGGUUCGGCGGACUCCUACACCAGCCGUCCAUCAGACUCCGAUGUGUCCUUGGAGGAGGAUAAGGAGGCCGUGCGACGAGAGGCAGAGCGGCAGGCUCAGGCACAGCUGGAGAAGGCCAAGACUAAACCGGUUGCAUUUGCUGUCCGCACAAAUGUCAACUACUGCGCCACCAACGAUGACGACGUCCCCGUGCCGGGCAUGGCCAUCUCCUUUGAGGCUAAAGACUUCCUCCACGUCAAAGAGAAAUUUAAUAACGACUGGUGGAUAGGGCGCCUGGUGAAGGAAGGCUGUGAAAUCGGUUUCAUCCCCAGUCCUGUGAAGAUCGAGAACACUCGGGUACAACACGAGCACAGAGCCAAACAGGGCAAGUUCCAUUCCGGUAAAUCGGGAGCAAACUCCUCUACCAGUUUAGGUGAAGUGGUUCCUAACUCGCGGAAAUCCACCCCCCCUUCCUCUGCCGUUGACAUAGAUGCCACAGGCUUAGACCCCGAGGACAAUGAGCUUCCAGUCCACCUCCGCUCCCCUAAAGCCAGUCAGCCAAACACUGUCAUGUCACCCACCCUAGCCAAAGAGAAACGAAUGCCCUUCUUUAAGAAGACGGAACACAUCCCUCCAUACGACGUUGUGCCUUCCAUGCGACCUGUGGUCCUGGUUGGACCGUCACUGAAGGGCUAUGAGGUGACAGAUAUGAUGCAAAAAGCACUGUUUGACUUUUUGAAACACCGAUUUGAAGGGAGAAUAUCAAUCACUCGUGUCACGGCAGACAUCUCUCUUGCCAAACGCUCCGUCCUCAACAACCCUAGUAAACACGCCAUCAUCGAGCGCUCCAACACACGCUCCAACCUUGCAGAAGUGCAAAGUGAGAUAGAGCGUAUCUUUGAGCUGGCCCGGACCUUGCAGCUGGUGGUUCUGGACGCAGACACCAUCAACCACCCGGCCCAACUGGGAAAGACCUCCCUGGCCCCUAUCAUCGUCUACGUCAAAAUCUCCUCUCCUAAGGUUCUGCAGAGGCUCAUCAAGUCCAGAGGGAAGUCCCAGGCCAAGCACCUCAACGUCCAGAUGGUCGCUGCAGACAAACUGGCCCAGUGCCCUCCCGAGAUGUUUGACAUCAUCCUGGAUGAAAACCAACUGGAGGAUGCGUGUGAGCACAUGGCUGAUUACCUGGAGGCCUACUGGAAGAGCACCCACCCCGCCAGCUGCAACCCCCCCAAUCCGCUGCUGGCCAAGGUGGCCACGGCCGCCCUGCCCACCAGCCCCGCUCCUGUCUCCAGCAUGCAGGGCAGCGGGGCAGAGCAGAAAGCAGAGGACAAGGCAGGACAAGGUGUAGAGAGGAAGGGCUCCAAGGAGGACCACCACCAUCACCACCACCACAGCCAGCAUCAGAGCCAGGAGCAGCCAGACGGGGAGAGGGAGGAGGAGGAGGAGGAAGAGGAGGAGGAGAGGCCCCUGAGGACAGAGUCUUCCAGAAGACCCCAGCACAUCCACCACCGCUCCUCCUCCCAGCGGACUGAGCAGCACCACAACAACCACCACCACCAUCAUCAUACUGGUGGCGGUGGUAGCCGGGGCAAGGGCCUCUCCCGGGGGGAGACACAGGACUCAGAGACCCCCGAGAGCCGGGAGAGCAGAGAAAGCAGAGACUCAGCCUACAUAGAGCCCCGCACUCACCUCCUGCACCAGGAGGAAGAGGAAGAAGAGUUUGGAGAGGAGGAGUAUGAGGAGGAGGGGCUGGGAGAGGAGGGGCACCCUCAGCAGGGGCGCUACGAGGCUCCGCCUCACCCCAGGGACCACAACCACCAUCACCACCACCACCAUCACCGUGGCGGCACUGGCGAGGAGGCGGACCACGGUACGACAGGACACCACCGCUCCAAGGAGCGCAACGAGCAGGACCACAACGAGCGCAACAAGCCUCGCGGUCACCAGCACCACCAACGACCGGCCCGCGACCACCACCAGUACUAUGACCGGGACAGGGACAGGGACAGGGAAGGGGAGGUGGCCCCCAAAAAGAGGGGCGACACAGGGGACUGGGCCAGAGACCCCUAUAUUCACCAGUGACAGCCCAGCCCCUAGAUCCUAGACCUAGACCCCCUCACACACUGAGACAGUGGUACUGUAGGACUAAUCCCCCUCUUUCCCAAACCAUUCUGUUGUCCCAUCUUGCUGCUAUACUCUUAAGCCCCUGCAUCCCCCGUUUAUGUACGCUUCCUUUGUAAAGCCUGCUGCUCUUAGCAACGGCAGUAUUUUGAUCAUAUAUAGAUAUAGAUAUAUAAAUGUGUGUAUCAAUACAUAGACGUUGUCGUUUAUGUGUGGAUAUGCAUGGAUCUUCUCAAAUAUGCAUAUUUUAAACCUGUGUUUGAUAAAGCAUGACACAACAGCAGAAUUCUCUUCUGUACUGUGCUUUCUGUGAUUAACGUUUUUAAAUUGUAUUUCUAUAUAUUUUAUUUUUUUCUUACUGCCACUUGAACAAUAAUUUGUUAAUUCAGACUACUGUUAGCAGUGACUGACUGAGAAGUGGGAAACCAGGUAAGGUUAAAUGCUAAAUAUUUGCAAUUGUUUUAUUUUUGUUAAAUUCAAAUGUUCCUGUUCUCUUUCUUUUUCCCUCUUUUUCCCCUGCUAAUUCUUGGUGUUUGGUCCGCUGACAUUGGUUCCUCUGGUGUCGAUGCUGCCUCUCCAUUGGGGCACACCUUAGUCUUGCCUUACAAGACAAAAGAAUAGUGACAUGACUUACUGUCUUACAUUACAGUACUGUUGUUCUAUUUAUAAAGGGUCCAGAAACAUUUUAUAACAUUGAUACACACUCUGUUCAGCACUUUUAGCACAGCAUACUGUAGACUGAUUCACAUUGUUGGUGUCAGGUGAACAACGAUUUGAUAUUUUAGGGUACAGUUAUCGGGUCAAACCAAUCCACUCACACACUAGGGGGACUUUUAUCUAUGAUGGUAUGUCUUUUUAAGUUGGACCCUUUUCUAAGGACAGUUCCAUGCACUUAGUACAGUCCAAUUAGCUAUGAAUGUGCAUUAUGAGGUAUUGUGAGAAAUUUGCCAAUUGUCCACUUUUUCUUUUGAAAAUCAAUCAUAACCACUGAAUGAUAUCAACUGGAUGAUAAAGGUAAGCCUUUCUGCUAAGCUACGGUGCUCAAGAGAAGUCGUAAGCCCCAAGUUAUAAUCAGAGCCAUAUAUUUAGAGACGUUUUCUCUCUAAAAAUAUAUAUUUUUUUAAAUAUAUGGCUCUGGUUAUAACCUAGCACAGUUGAGGUUAGGGCCAACUCCUAACUUAGUUCAGGCUGCCCUCUGUAAGGUAAGGGAGUUUAGGGUAUGUGCCCCAAAUUGCACCCUAUUCCCUAUAUAGUGCACUACUUUUGACCAGGGUGCACUGUGUAUGAAAUGGCGUGCCAUUUGGGAUGCACCCCUAGGGUAUUCUGUCCCUCUGUUUACAUUACCACCAACCAACCAGUCCCCUAGAACAAGUCUUAGUUUAUUAAUUUUAUUUUUGCCUCAAAUAUUAUGAUUAUAAUGUACAAUCCAUUUAUAUGCUACUGUAGUAACACUACACAUUUUUAAGAGUGUACAUUUGUAUGUACAUAUGUAUAAAUACAAAAAAUAAACUUGGCAACAAAGGAUUUAUGUAGAGGACAAGAAAA